AUGGAGGCACUUCUGGAAAACCUCGUCGAACAUGUAACAUGUCCGAUUUGCUUGGAUACCUACACGGACCCAAAGACUGUAGCUUGUUUUCAUACCUUCUGCUGUGAAUGCUUGAAAAGACAUGCUCUGGCGACUCAAAAACAGGGGCGCUAUCGAUGCCCAGAGUGCCAAGCAGACCUUGACAUCCCCGAAGGAAAUCAUUUCACCGAUUUGCCAAGCAGUUUUCAACACAAUAACUUAUUGAAUCUUCUUGCUGUUCGACGAAAUAGCGAAGGAAGUGCGGUAGAUUGUAGUAUAUGUCGGAAAAACAGCGCCGAAACGAGCUACUGCUUUGAUUGCCAGAAAUUUAUGUGCUGUAAUUGCGUUAAAGCUCAUGAAUUGUUCCGCACAACUGCGUUUCAAGGGCACAAAGUGACGCUUUUGAAACAGUUUAAAACUGAAGACUACGAAGCUUUGUUAAGACGGCCGUCAUUUUGCUCGCAGAAGCAGCACGAGCGAGAAGUAAUGAAGUUUUACUGUCUUGAUUGUCAAAGCUGUAUUUGUCAAAUUUGUAACGACACGGAUCACAGAAGCCAUGAUGUCGUGCCGCUUGACGAGGCAGCAGACGCCGAAAAAGCCAAAAUCAUGUCCGAAGUUGAGGCGAUGAAAAAAGGAAAAGAGGCUUGCACUGAAAUUCUUCAACAAAUGGAGAAGAAUAAACAAGACUUCGAAACUAGCAUAGCUGCUGCGAAACAGCAAGUUUCGCAAGCAACGGAAAAAAUGAUCGCGAGGGUUAAAGCACUCGAGAGUGAAGCCAUGACAUCCCUCGAGAAUACGCGCGCGUCGAGGAUGGAGAAACUGACUUCAGCAAGGGAAUCUGCCCAGUCUUUGGUCAGGCAAAUAAACCAAACAGUUGAGUUCGGUAACGACUUGCAGCAGAGAAGACCAACCUCAGACGUCGAACAAAGCAAAAAGUAUCUGGAAGAGCGAUUAAAAGAGCUUAGUCAAACCCAAGUACCAACAGUUUCCGUCAGUCCGUUUGUUCAAUUUGUUCCAGCAUGGUCACCUGAAGAUUUGAGCCUUGGAUUCGCAACAAUCAAUAUAGAUGGAAAUGAAUCAACGUUGGAAAGCCAAAGUUUCCACGCUGGUGAAGAAGCAGUGAUAUCGAUUUAUCCCGAACUGCAAAAAGGUAAAUUCAGAAAUAAAAAGCACAAAGCUCAGGCUGAAGCUCACAUAGAGCCCGCUGAGCAGAUAGCUGAGGGAAGCCUGAAAAUCUGCGAAAAAGAAAACGGAACUUUUCAAGUUAAAUUUGUAGCGAAAUUUCCAGGUACCUAUGAAGUCAACGUUAUAAUAAACGGCGAAACCCUUACUCAAUGCCCUCUCACCGUGUUGGUAAUGGAACCGGGAAAGACAAGUUGA